CGAGUAAAAAAAAUAACAUAAACCCUUCCUCUCUAAAUCCCUAGCGUCCACUGAUCUGCGAUCUUCGGAAGUAAUGGGUCUGACGAAUUUCAUACUGACGGUGGCCGGAGUAGGCGCCGUGGUGAUGCUAUUGAAGGGCGACGUCAAGCAAUCUGCGACCGUAUUGAGGCGCAACGUUAAGCAAAUCCGCAACUGGCUCGAAGAAGAAUCUUCCGCCGCCUCCAAGGCAGCGCAGACGACAAAACCAAAGGAAAUUGAAACCAAGGUUCCGGAGAAGGACAUUCCAAAAGACAAGAAUUAGUGUAUUUGUGUGCGUUUUCUGUAAACAUUACACGAAGGGUUUUUGUUGGAUUUAUGACUUUGGUCUGUGCAUAAAGAGGAGUGUGUUUUGGUUUUCUGUCUCCUCCAUCUCUCACCUCUUAACGUGUUUGAGCACCCCUUGGAAGUGAAAAAAACACAAUAAUAUUGUACCU